CUAGCCUUGAGUUGUAAUGAUGCGUUUCACCUCUUUAGUGGCCCUCACCUGGGCUUCAUUAGUUGCGGGACAAAACAACUAUCCUAAUUUGCCGGUCAAUUUUCUUCAAACAAGCAAUCCUGUCACACCUUUGCCAAAUGGAUAUCCUUGGGGAACCUGCACUGUUCAAAAUACAAAUCCUUACACCAACCCUCCAAACACUGGUGUCAUCAGAUCUUACGACUUCACGAUAACAAGAGAGACAAAAUCACCUGAUGGAUUUGAGAGAAGCUUUCUUCUUGUCAACGAUCAGUUCCCAGGGCCCGAGAUUGAAGCAAAUUGGGGUGACACGAUUCAAGUCACUGUUCACAACCAGAUUACCGGGCCCGAAGAAGGAACUGCUAUUCAUUGGCAUGGUUUAUUACAAAAGGGCACUCAGUACAUGGAUGGCGUUCCAGGAAUUUCUCAAUGUCCUAUCCCACCUAACGGCACCUUCACAUACACUUUCAAUGCUGACCUAUACGGGACAUCCUGGUACCACUCUCACUACUCGGCUCAGUAUGCUGGAGGUAUCUUCGGCCCAAUGAUAAUUCACGGCCCUGCUAUUGCUCCAUACGAUAUCGACAUUGGCCCAGUAAUGCUAACCGAUUAUUUCCACAAAGACUACUUCAGCCUCGUUGAGGAUGUGGUCUCGACAAAUUUCAACGAAGUGCUUCAACCUUCAGACAACAACCUCAUCAACGGACAAACCAACGCCACGUUCCAGUUCACGCCUGGCAAGACUCACAGACUGAGAUUGAUCAAUUCAGGCGCAGAAGGCAUGCAAAAAUUCUCCAUUGAUGGCCAUAACUUGACCGUCAUUGCUCAAGACUUUGUUCCAGUGCAAUCAUUCAGUACUCAAGUUGUCACCUUGGGUGUCGGUCAGCGAACAGAUGUGCUCGUGACAGCACCAGCUAAUGCGGAUGGGAAAUCCUACACUAUGCGCUCUACCCUCGCAGGAAACGGCUGCGCAGUGACCAACCAGCCUUUUGCCACCGCCACUGUCUUUUACAACACAAAGUUGCAACCGAACACUACUGCCUGGCCGUCCUUCCUCACCUCGGUAGCCAGCCAAUGCGCAAACGACCCCAUUGAUAUCACUCAACCCCUCUACUCUCUGACCCCGUCCGCACCAACCACAACAAAAGACAUCGCCAUCAACUUCACCCAGAAUGCAACCGACUUCUGGCUAUGGACCAUGAACGACAUCUCCUUCCGAGCAGACUACAACAGCCCAGUCUUCCUCCUUGCGGCAACUGGUAAUGAUUCCUACCCAGACCCACAGUGGAACGUCUACAACUUCGGUUCCAAUACUUCCAUUCGCGUCGUCAUCGAGAAUCCAGGCCCGGCAGCUCAUCCCAUGCAUCUCCACGGUCACGAUUUCUAUGUUCUAAAUGUUGGAACUGGAACCUGGGACGGAACCACCAUCGUCAACGCUGCCAACCCACAAAGAAGAGAUACUCAAAUCGUUCCUGCUGGAGGCUUCCUCGUGAUUCAAUUCGAGGCAGACAACCCAGGAGCAUGGCCGCUGCAUUGCCACAUCGCUUGGCAUGUAAGCGCUGGUCUCUAUGUCACCGUACUUGAAAGACCCGCAGAUAUCGCAAAUGUACAGGUACCCAGUAUUAUGGCGCAAACUUGUCGGGAUUGGAGUACUUUUACCGGAGAGGAUGUCGUUGAUCAGAUCGAUUCGGGGCUGUAAACGUAUUGUACAGCAUUUUCUUUUCUUUUUUACGACUAGAUAAUAGAGGCGAACGGAAAUGGCAUAGCACAGCAUUGUCGGCGUUAUUGCAUUGUAUGAGACGGAAUGAGCGUCCGUCUGGAGUUCUUCAUUAAGCGUUAAUGUAUACCUGAAUAGUUUGAAGCGAGCAUUUUCAAGCAUAUUUUGC